AUGGAUUUCGGUCAAUUGGUAUCCAAUGGAUUACAAGAUGAUAUACUCAGAUUAGAUGAAAAUUCGUUGCACACAAAAUAUAAAUUUGGCGUCCUAUUGGUUAAAGAAGGUCAAACGCGUGAAGAAGAAUGGUUUUCAAAUAACCAUGACUCUUCUGAGCCAUUUGAGGAAUUUCUGUCUAUUUUGGGGCAAAAAGUAUCACUUUACGGAUAUACCGGAUGGGCAGCAGGCUUAGAUACGAAGAGUGGGGAUUCUGGUGAUUACACCUACAUUAAUUAUUGGAAACGUCAAGAUGAAAAUGAUAUGCAACAAUUAGCUUUUCAUGUAUCUACUUUAAUCCCUUCCCGAUCUGGCGACAAGCAACAAAUUCAACGUAAACGACAUAUUGGUAAUGAUAUCGUUUGUUUAGUGUUUGUGGAAGGGCAACAACCAUUUAACCCUGCUGCUAUCAAAUCACAAUUCUUGCAUGUCUUUAUUAUUGUUCAUCUGGAGGAAAUUGCUACUACGUCUCAUGUAGAUGGAAAAGGGAAAAUACAAAAUAGGCAGAUUGCGAAGGCUUGGAGAGUGGAGGUUGUUUCUGCUGAGAAUGUACCAUCAUUUGGACCUCCUUUGCCUGAAGGUGCACUAUUUUUUGAUAAAAAGGAAUUGCAAGAUUUCUUGAUAGCGAAACUUGUAAAUGCUGAAUACGCUGCUUUUAAAUCGCCCAAGUUUUACGUUCCUAUGAGUCGUGCUAGAGAAGGUAUCUUUACGAACUUAGUGGAGAAAGGGUAUAAAUUAGCAACAGCACCAUCUGAUGGGCCAACAGCAGCCACUUAUUCGCAUAAUGACAAUUACCCUUUAACAACGACGUUAUCUUCAACAGCAUCUUCUUUCUCCUCAAUCGCAUCAACUACUACUAACACGAUGACGGACAAGAAUAGCUUUCAUUCCUUUCAACAUAAACAUUCGAAAUCCUCAUCUUCUGCAAUUACAACAUUAAGCCAACAUAGUCAUAAAAAUCAGCUACCUACUGUAGAAGAGUUUGAUGCAAUUGUGAAUAACUACCUGGAAAACUUAUCUACUAAAAAGAGAGACAAAGCACUGGUAGAUAAAUACCGUUAUUCUCUGAUUUUACAAGUUCUGAAAGAUCCUAGAAAUACAGCCAUUUCAACAGCGCAAUUUCGAUUCUGGGUCAAAAAAAUGUUUCGACUCAGUAAAAAGACAUCUUCUAUAGCAGAAUACACUGUAUGCCAUGACAAUAAACCCGUAGCGACCCGCGAAGAAAUUUAUGAUAUCCUGGUUCAUGCGCACAAAGAAGCGCAUCAUGGAGGAAGAGACAAAACAUCCGCCUUGGUACGUAAACGAUAUUCUUGGAUACCAAAGGAAUUGAUUGCACGCUUUGUACGUCAUUGCCCGUUCUGUAUUUCAAGACGAAAUGGU